GCGCUGUGCUUUUGCUGUGGUGGUUUUGGCCUGGUACGUGGUUGUCGUUGGAGGAUUCCGGUUUUCUACGCUUUGUCUAAAUUAAAUAUAUAUCUUUUCUGUUCGCUGUAAGCGAUGCCUCAUUAUCAGUCGUGGGAAGAGUUUUCAAGGGCGGCGGAGAAGCUCUACUUGACAGACCCUAUGAAGGUUCGGGUCGUGCUCAAAUACCGACACUGCGAUGGUAACCUGUGUGUGAAAGUGACCGACGAUGCAGUGUGCUUGCAAUACAAGACAGACCAGGCACAAGAUGUGAAGAAGAUCGAGAAGCUGCAGGGGAAGUUGAUGAGGUUCAUGGUGUCCAAAGAAAGCCACAGUAUGACCAUGGAGACAGACUGAGCCCCUCAACUUUGCGAUCGGUUCCCCGGCUGGACACUACCGGGCUCAACAGUGGCGAGGAAGGGAUUGUGAACCUGCUCCUUCAUUAUGUUUCUCUGAAGAGGGGACUAAAGGACAAAUGAAGAGGUUGGCCUGGUACUUCAGUUAUGAAGACUGGCAAUUUUUUUUU